AUGCGCGGAGAUUUGCUGUCGUCAGCAUGUCUGCUCCUCGCAACUACACUACCAGCACACGCCGCUUUCUCUGAAUUCUUCUUCGCGGGUAACAAUGGAACCAGCGCUCUAAAGACCUGUCCCGAAUCCUUGUUCGAAUGUGCUCCUCCAUCAGUCUGUUCAUUUGACGAUCGAACUCAGAAGUAUUAUUGUUGCGAACCUGGAAAAACAGACGCCGUUUGCUGGGGGCCUAAUUCAGGCUGCGAUGGAGGAGACAGUACUAACCCUUCAGGUGGCCAACAAGCCUGUUCAUCGGGAGCCAACACCUUUUUUUGUUUAAAAUCAAGUGAGACCUGCACGGAAACAGCAGACCAAAUUAACAUCUGCUGGAGCCAACUGGACAAUCCGGUCGCCUCUCUAAAUGCGACCGCCGUAAAUGCAACAGCGCAAUCACUUGAAUCGAAUCGACCAUCUGCAGCUACAUACGCAGUCGACUUGUCUGCUCUACAAACGCUCACGCCAACCGCCGCUGCUUCGUCAUCACAUAACCCAAGCGCGUCAGGACAACAGCCCAUCGUUACCACAACGUCAUCUACGUUGUCUCAAACAACGGCCUCGCACUCUGAGGCAACUUCCAAUAAAAGCAGCACAGACGGAGGUCUAUCAAGCGGCGCAAUAGGCGGCGUGGUCGGUGGGUUGGUGGGUGGACUGGCUCUACUCGGUCUGGCUGGGGGUUUCUUUUGGCGCAGAUUGAAGAAUGGCAAACGCAAUCCCUAUAAGCCGGCGAAUUUACACAAUUCAGCCACACACUCCGUUGGUUAUCCAAGUGAGAUGGACUCAAACCAUAUCUACACGUCAUCACCAGCGACUGAAAAAUACGGAUAUGCAGUCAAUCCUGUGUCAGAAGUGGCCGCAGAUAGAGCACCAGCAGAGCUCCCAGAGACUUCGUCGCACAGCAGAUAG